AAAGGGAGGGAGGAAGGGAGGGACGUACCUCCAGGAAAGAUUGUGACGUGCUUCAUGAUUACAUUUUACAGUGACUCAAACAACACAAGGUGUCCAGGUAAUCCAAGGAAAGGAACGUGCUUUCGGUUCGGAUUAUUAAACUAAGCUAGGACUAAAGGUGAAACCAGUCAAACUCAGAUAACCUCGUCUCGUUUUCCUCCAUGCCAAUGAGCAGUUUCAUCAAGAACAUGACCAGGUUAAAUGCCAACCUAAAGUCACAAUGAGGAAGAAGACACUGAGCUCGUUUGAAAAGGUUGUGAUGUUGCGUGUGGACAGAGAUGUUUGGAGAAAAAUACUGUAGGACUCUAUUGGAGUGUCCUCAGUCAAAAUGCUUCACACUGGAUGGACCAUUUGGUGCGUCUUACUGACUCUACACAUGUCAGCCUGCGGUCUGGAGAUUUCUGAAUAUGAGAGCGAUCGAGUCAUUUGCUCACAGGGUCUCUCUGAUUGCACCAUGAAGGAUGAGCCUUUUGAUGUACCAGAGAAAAAUCAUGUGGAUGUCAGAAACCUGACUAUAUAUUUUAAGCUCUGCUGCGGGGUAGAUGCGCCAUGUGAAUUAUGUUUAGUGAUAGAAACAGAGAUCAACAUCCAGCUGCCUAAAGACCUGGAAGAUGAAAGCCACUCAGGAUAUGAUGAAGAUUCUGAUGGGGAGGAAACAGAAAGGAAUUUUAAAGCAGCUUCUGUGAUAGUGUGUUACUGUGCAGCAGCUACCAUGUCCAUGUGCAAGAAGGUGGAGUUUACGAUUAAUCAUGCGGCUCUUACUCGUGAAAAGUUUUCUGUGGUGAUUAUUGAGCCAUCUGGGAUUUCCUUCAGCAGUCGUGUGAUUGUUUAUCUUAAAGCUUCACCUCUAAUACAACAAGUUGAUGUUCCUUCUCUAGAUGAAGUGUGCUCCCAGGAGCUGCAGGGACGUCUAGAUGAAUGCGAUGUGCCUAGGCUCAUCAGUGUUAUCAACAAAGAGAUGACACAGGUGGAACUGCAGUUUGCUGGCAGGAAUAAGAGCUUCCCCUCUAUGUGCAUCCAGUAUGAGAAGAAUGGAAGAUGUCUGGGAUUGAACAGGACGACCAUCCCACUGUAUUCUGUGACCCCCUGCGUUUGUCUCCAGGUCUGGGAUGAAGAUGGGCAGAGGUCCAGACGCUCUCUCAGUUGCCCUUUCAAUAACACAGUUUUAUUCCAAAGGAACGUAUGGCAGAAUGUGUCAGUGUCUGUUGGCCCGGGUCAGAUGAACAACCUCCGCCCAAUGCUGUGGUGGAACCUUUCUGCCCCCUGCAGGCUGGAGGGUGAGGUGUGGCCCUGUAAGAAGGAGGACAGCUGCAGGGAGAUGAAGGGCUUUAGACAGCAGCUGUCAAAUGGCAAGUGGCAACAAAACAGCAAGGGACUGUGGAAAAAAAUAGGGGAGUUUGAAGAAAUCAACUUGGAGCUCUCACCAUGUGUGAAGGUGAAAGUAAAGGGAAUGGAUCAGGAGCUCGGUCCAUUCUGUUUUAAUAACACUGACAGGUGGCACUGGAAUCUCCUGAUUGUUGGUAUCAUGCUACUCCUUUGCUUGACUGUGCUUGUGUCUUCAUAUCUUCUUCGUCAUGACUUUGUGAAGAAAUGGGUGUGGAGCUGGCAUCAUGGCGGAUUUGUAGACAUUGGCAUGAAGUGUCAUGUGGUGUUGCUGAGCCCCCCAGAUGUGGAUGAUGGUGUUUCGGAGUCAGUGUGUCGGCUCGGCUCACAACUCUCUAACCGGGGCUUCAGUGUGUCUGUGGACCAGUGGAGCAGGAAGGAGCAGUGCACUUUGGGGCCUCUACCAUGGCUGUACUCCCAGCUGCUGGAGCUGAAAAGCCUGGGCGGCCGAGUUGUGAUUGUGUUGACCCACAAAGCCUUAGAGAGAGUAGAGGCAUGGACCCACCAGAAUGAAGGGGUUAUCAUGAUGAAGAGGGAGGACAAGGGUUUCCCUCAGAAGUGUUCCCCUUACUCUGAUGUGUUCACAGCCUGUCUGUGUCUCAUCCAAGCGGACAAGCGGCUGCACGGAGCUGCAGAACGUUUUCUUCUUGUGACAUUUGACCCCAAUUCAAGCAUUGACAGGAGUCUACCAGAGCUUCUUCAGGGGCUGCGCCUGUUCCAGCUUCCUCCUCAGACCCAGGCUCUGUUGUCUGAGCUUGCCGUGGCGGGGGACAGGGAGGGGAUCAGGUAAGGACAUGGACAGGGUGGAAAUGGAGUGCCUCAGAUGGAUGGAAGUCAAAGACUAAAGAAGGACUUAUAUAGCACAAGACAUUACACUGUAAAUAUGUUGACAAUUGAGAAGAAAAAGAACAUGGAGUCAAAGCCUUCAUAGCACCCUUUAGUUAGUUCCGUACAUUAUUGCUGCUCUGCACAUCUCAAGUAUGUGUUCUUCCAGUGUGGAUGAGAUAAACAUAUAUUAUUAAAUAAAUGUUUUUUCAUUGUUAAAUAAUAGAUGGCAAUUAUCUAUAUGUAGCCAUUAAAUUACCAAUAACAAACCAUCUGAUUUUGUUAGUCUCACCUCUGUUUAUCUUUUAACAAAGAUUUAAAUUAAUAUCCAAACUAACAGCAGGAACAUGAGGUGUUAAAUAUAACUCAGAAAGGAUUAACUUGUGUUUUUGUUGGGGAUUAUUUUCAAUUGGACAUGAUGUGCUUGUGAACUCCUUAAGCAGCAGAAUAUAGGACUGACUACAAUGUGUAUUGUUAUUUAUUCAAAUAUCACAAUAUGGGAGAACUGAUAACUGAUUUGAAUUUUUUUUUUUUUUUUUUUACAAAAACAGUGAUCAACUACUGUACAGACUAGAGCAGUGGUUCUCAACUGGUCAAGCCUCAGGACACACUUCUUCCUUCGUCAAUAAAUCACGACCCAAAGUUUUUAACCACUACAUAAAUAUAUAUGCCAAACAAGGCAGAUUAUAUCCCUUUACAGAACUAAAGUAUACUUUUAAAAAAAGUUUAAACUGGUGAUGGUCAUCACAUUUUCUAGAAUCAGAAUUUAGCUUUAUGAAAUGAAAAAAGGCAGACUUGGAGCCAAUCCUGGAAACUCACCACACGUGAAAAAUGUGACAAAUUGAAAACCCAACCCCUGAGUUUUUUUGAAAUACGAACAUUUAAACUACGCAUUCUGAUACACUCUGAGAAGAAACAUAAAUACAUCUAUUAUUACCUGACAUAUUUAAUAAUAUUUAAUGCCAUUUAUCUUUUGUUAGGCCUACUUUUUUCUGACAGCUGAACCUGCUUCUCUUCACAGAUAGAAGAGAAAAGAGGAGAAGCUGUGUGAAUUACUUUAAAUUGUGGAUAAGGGUAGAUAUAGCCCCCAUUGUUCUGUGGGUCAAAAUGAAAGCCUACACAUUUUUUCGUUGUUAUAUAUAUAUUAAAACAGGUAAAUGACAUGGUUGUAUAAAGAGUAGUUCUACCGCAAAGUUAUUCUCCAUGGGGACUUGCACCAACGUGCAAGUCCCCAUGGAGAAUAACUUCAUCUUGAUUCCGAUUGGCCAGUUUUCAAAACGGUUUCUAGUGUCCGACAUUUCCAGUCAAACGGCUACUGCAUGCGCAGCAUUAGAAAUUCUGGCCUUCAAAAUAAAAGUGGGCUUCAAAAUAAAAGUAUAAUUUUUUUCCGUGGUACUAAUUUAUUUAUUUUUUUCUCAACUUCUGUUUUUCACUUGCAUAUCAGCGACCCAUUCAAAAGGGUCCCGACCCACCAGUUAAAAACCACUGGACUAGAGGAAUAAAUUAUAUCAGGCUUCGGCUACACCUUCACACACUGCUUGUUUGAGGAUUAAAUAUAUUCUUUUUCAUGUGAAGAAAAAUGUAGAACAUUAUCAGAACUAUCCUUUAAGCUUAAUAAUGUUUAACUUAAAAUCCAAGAGACUUAUGCACUGUCAGUCUGUCAACACUUAUCUAUAAAUAAAUGUGCUUAUUUUUGUGCGUCGUGGAUGUCGGAAUUUGAUUGGCCAUCUGCAGUCAAGCGCUGUGGAUCUGAUUGAAGCAAUCUAGUGUCAGUUUAGGGACGUGGAGAAGCGCUUGUUAGAGGUUUACACUACAUCUCAAAGGGGCGGUGCUAUGAGGUAACUCUAUGUUCCACCCGCUCGGGAUGUUUGGUGUAUUUAUUUCAACAAACCGCAAAGGAGUGUUGAAGUGUGUCAAGCGCGUGUUAGUUGUAUUCACUGCAUUUAAACUUUAUAUAAACUGACAGUCAGUCGACGCACAUAGAGCAGGUAACUAAAACCCUUAACGCAUGUCUACAGUUUGUUUUGAGUAAAUCUUAAUGGUUGCUUUUGAUUAUUUAAGUAUUAUUAGCUAAAUUAAUUUUGUGAGAAAUCAGAAUGAAAUGUGAAGCGUUCUAAUGAAUUUGUUUUAAGUGAUGCCAACUUUUAUUUAUUUUAGUUUUGCCUGUAACAAUGCAUCAAACUUUGUAAGCUGUCGGGUCAAUGUAGAGAAGGCAAUACAGCUUCUUCUAUAGAGCACAUUUUACCACCAGGAAACUUACUGUGCUUAAUAUUUAAUAGAGAGAAAAAAUAAUAAAAUAACAUCUAUACAUACUAUACCAAAUACUUAAACAUACAUACUGAACAAACAGGCCAAGAAGCAACUCUGCCCACACAAGUUAGACUUUACAGAACUGAAUUUAACAACAUGAAUAGCUAGAAGUAUAUGUCGUUGUUUUUAAUGUACCAUGUUUCAGUUUAAUGGCAUUUUUUUAACAGUUAUCCAAGGUUGUUAGUAAUUGUGUGUGUUGAAUGACUAUACAUGUGUGAGUGCGUGUGUAAUAAAGAUAUAUUUUGUAUUUAAAAUGUACGUAAUUCUGAAUAUAUUAUGGUAACUGAUUAUUCAUCCUUCUGGCAGUUUGUAUGGUAUACUUUAUACUUUUUUGUAAAUGGUUUUAAUGAAUGUGUGCAAAGGAAAAUAUAUUUUCCAUCUCACUUACACAUUAAACUGGAGAGUAAGCUUAAACCACCUAAA